GUGAUAAGGUGUAGUGACCACCGCUUGAGAGAGAAAAAGAGAAAAGGAAAAAAAGAAAGAAAAAAGAGGAGAAGGAAAAAAACAAUUUAGAUUACUCCCUUAUCACCUCCCAGGCUAGCUCCACUCUCUCCGUCUCCCUCGCGCGUCUCUGUCCUCUGGCCACUGCCACCACCCAUCGUCUCCAUGUCUCUCCUCAUCUCCCACAUGUCCGGGAGCCAUACGCUCGCCGCCCCUCGCCGCCGCCGCCUCCUCCUCCUCCCCUCCUCCCACGACCUGAACCACCCCUCCCUCUCCUUCUCCGGCGCCGGCGGCCGCGGCGGCCUCCAUGUGGCGCGGGCGAGGAAGGGCCUGUCGUCCCGCACCCAGCGCCAGCGGCUCGACAAGCAAGGCAAGAAAGGCGCCGGCGGCACCCCCACCACCACCACCAAGGAGCAGGACGAGGAGGAGGAGGCGGAGAUGGUGGAGAUGGAGAUCGAGGCAUCCGGUUUUCCGAUGGAGUUGUCGCCGGGGCCGAUGCCGCAGCUGCCCGGAGAGCAGCCGGACUUCUGGGAGGGCCCGCGCUGGGACGCCCUCGGCUUCUUCGUCCAGUACCAGUGGGCCUUCGGCAUCGUCUUCGCCGCUCCGUUUGAGAUUGCUGGUUAUUUACGGUGCGGCGGCGAGAAAUUACGAUAGACACAUCAAAAUCUCUUAAUAUCAUGUUGCGAAUAUUCGCAAUCAAUCCUUUCGAAAACGGAAACACGUCGCAGUUGGAAAGAAUUGGAAUUCUAGUUUGUUUAUUGCAACUCGGUUGGUUUAAGAGGAUUUGGUAGGAUUUCAGUUACUGAUAUCAUAUCCCAUGAUCUUGAACAACUGAAAAAGUACGCUUUGAUAAUUUUUCCCAAAAUCAAACAAACUGAAAUUUUAUAAAAGUGAAAGCUAAGCUUAAUAUGGUCAUCUAUCAUAGAGAUUAAAGUUUGCCGAUUCUAAAACUUGGGUCUUUUUACACCCCUUAUAAUCGAAAUCAAAGUGUUUCGGAUUGAUUUGGUUUUGGACCCCAAUUUGUGUUUGUGUUUGUGUAUGAUUAGCAUCUAGUCAUCUACUGAAAUGUCUAGUAUGAAAAUUGAAUGAGAAGAUGAAAUGCCAACGAAACAUCCAUUGUGAAAUGAGCAUUCUGUCAUUUGAACCAAACUCUUUAGCUUGACAGCGAAAGAUAAGGUAAAUGCCCACAAAGAAGGAGAGCUACUCGAGGCGUGUUUGAGUAGUGCUGGUUAAAGCAGCGCUUAAACAAAUUUUGUAUUAAGAACUAGAAGAUUCCUGUUGCAUUAGGAGGAAAGGUUAUGCUUCUCCGGUGACAGUCGAGAGAAGACUGCAAAUAGUGCACAUCUCCUCUCAUCCACUUCUUCAUCUUAAGGAAAGACUCGCGUUAAAGCAGCUUGCUAAGAGUGGCAAGGAAGAAAGAGAAAUUCCCCAUUUGACGGGCUAGAGGAAGAAGAAGCAACUGCGCAAGAAUUUCCGUCGUCGAGAUAGCAAUUGGAAAUAAUGUCAGUGGUUGGAGGUCUCGUUCUACACUCUGAUCACCCUUAUCCUGUCCUUGACCUGUCUGUUUUUCCCGGCGAGCGUAACUUCAAAUGAAUCAUCUUCAUUCGGGCCUGGAAGCUCAUUUUAGGUUUCUAUCACAGUACAGUUCCGAAUCUUUUGUUUGCCAGCUAUUUAAAGGUUGGAUACUAGUGAGAGUAGAGAAGAUGUUUCAAAAGCUAAGCCAAAAGAACACCAAGAACAAUGCGUGAAACUUGUGACUGGGCAAAAUGUUGAUAUUCAUGAGUAUUUAUUUUGCUAA